GUAACCACCUAGGACUAAUUUGUCAAUAAAAUUUACUUUUUUUGAUUUAUUUUACAAUAUUCUGUUGCAGAUAUUUAAGUUAUAUAUUAUAUUUGAUAGUUUAUAAAAAAAAAAUAAAACUUAUUUUAUUUAUAUUAUAUUUAUUAAAACUCUGUGAACAUCCUCCUUUGAAUAUGAUUCAAUUACAACAUAGUAUUAUUUAAUAACAGCCAAAUACGCAAUCUUAUUCAAACAACAACUCAACAAAUAUUAAUUUAAAAAAAAAAUGUUGUAUUUCAAACACAUAUUCGGAAUAUUAACACUUCAAACUGGCACAAUUUUAUUGAGUUCACUAUUUAUCACGCUGGCUAUAUGUGUUUUAUUAGUGAACUCAUUGGCACUCGACACGGAAGCGCCACUAACCUGGAUUGUUAUGUUCCUGUUUAUUGGUUAUAUGAUCGUGAUUUGGUUAAUAUCUUUUUAUGGUGCAUACGAAGAAUCGCAGAACGGGAUUACCGCAGCAACUAUUAUGUGGACAAUUUAUAUAAUAAUAUGGCUGAAAUUGGUUAUCUAUUCGUAUAUAGACGCACAGGCUAUAUGUCUUGAGAAUAGAUGUCCAGAUGUGAUAUGGCUAUUAAGCAACCCUUGGCAUAAAAAACAGGAAGAAUGUAAUAAGGUUUUUCAAAAUUCAUCAAAAUAUAAUAAUCAAUCCCUAUAUGAAAAAAAGAACAAACCGCAAAUGUUUGAUGAUAGGAUAAAAAUUAAGAAAAACACGGAAAAAAUACAACUUGUAACUACUGCUAAAAUUUCACAUCAUACAACAGUACCGAUGUUUGAUAAAUAUGAAAAUCGGUCUGAUAUCAAAACCAAUGAAGUAAAAUUAGUGCUUAAAAAAUGUAUUGAAACGCCUAUAGCACACAAUAACGAAGGGUAUAUGAUUGUAUCAAUAAUAGUGUCAUUGCUGUAUUUACUAUUAACACUAUAUUCUUGGAUGGUUCUAAUUAGUUAUCGAGAAGAAAUCAUACUCCUCCAGACAAAUCUUGCAAACAAUAAUAAUUUGUAAUAUUUGGUUGAUUUUCGUUCAGAUCAUAAUAAAUAAUUACUACCUACCUAUAUAUUUUAUUUAAAUUAUUUUUUGUAUUUACAUUUGAAUAUUAUAUUUUAUUAAUUAAUUAAAUACCAUGACCUGCUGUGGCGAUGUAAACUUUUUUUUUACAAACAAGAACCAUCAUUUUUAGGGUUGGUACGGUAAAACGGGACCCUAUUACUAUAAGGCUCCGCUGUCCGUCCGUUCGUCACCAGGCUGUAUCUCAUGAACCAUGAAAGUUAGAAAGUUGACAUUUUCACAGAUUAUGUAUUUUUUUUUUUUAUUAAAUAUACUAUCAGCGACAUCUGUAGCCAUUGGACGUUACAUUACAUUUUACAAUAUUGAUGCAUUACGUAAUGCUAUAAAUUGAAGGAACAUAUAGGUAAUAAUAUUAUAAGUAAUAAGAUCAUAAGAGAGAAUAAAAAAAGAAUAGAAAAUAAAAUUUCUGUUGCCGCUAUAACAACAAAUACUAAAAAUCCUAGAAUAUUUAAUAUAAGCAGUGUGGCCAACAUGUUUAUAGAUGAUGGUACGGAACCCUUCGUGUGCGAGUCCGACUCGCACUUGGCUGGUUUUUUUUUACUUAACAUAACGCAGAUGGUUUUUUUUUUUUAAUUUUGAGGCAUCUGAUCAAAAUUCAAUACUAUGAUAAAAUUCAUAAUAAUUUUUCAAAAACGUCUAAGUACAAUAAGUACUAGAUUACAUUGUAUAUAUUUCAUAUUUUAUAUGAGUAACUACAUACAGUUUAAUAACUUAAAAACUAUAAUUUUGUUCAAAUUCUGUAAUUUGUAUCGCCGAAAACCU